AUGGCGCAGACUCAGAAGCCUAUAUUCUGCGUAACGCACCCACGUGCCUGCUCGACAGCCUUCGAGCGAGUGUUUAUGACAAGGAAAGAUCUUGCUUGUGUACAUGAACCAUUUGGAGACGCUUUUUACUACGGACCUGAGCGAUUGAGCGUUCGUUACGAGAACGAUGAGGAAGCACGAAAGGCUUCUGGAUUCGGGGAUUCCACAUAUGCAACCAUUUUCGACCGACUUGAGCGUGAGGGUUCUGAGGACAAGCGUGUCUUCAUCAAGGACAUAAUUCAUUACUUGCUUCCGCCCGAUGCCAAGCCUCCACAGCUGGCUCCCUCUCUUAUGCUCAAGAGGCGCGGUAUUGGCACGCAGAGCAACGGCCACACGACCAAUGGCUCGGCUAGUCCCAGCAAGGACACUGUCCCGUUUCCGUAUGGUACCCCUGCUGAGCCGGGCAACCCAACGGUAGUGCCUGGGGAACUGCUCAAGAAGUUCCACUACACCUUCUUGAUCCGAGAUCCACACUAUAGCAUCCCGUCAUACUAUCGAUGUACAAUUCCGCCUCUCGACAAGGUCACCGGCUUCUACAAGUUCUAUCCCUCAGAAGCUGGUUACGAUGAGGUCCGCCGUGUUUUUGACUACCUGGUUACUGCUGGACUUGUAGGACCCAGCUUUGCUGGAGAUGCGGACGACGGGAGUGUCAAGUCUGCAGGAUCUGAUGGUGCGGAUAGUGUUGGUAGUUCGAAUGGCCACUCUGACAUACCUGACAUUUGUGUGAUCGACGCAGAUGACCUGCUGGACAAACCUAAGGAGAUGAUUGAGGCAUACUGUAAAACGGUCGGUCUCGACUACGAUCCAGACAUGCUCCAUUGGGAGGAUGAAGAGAACCAACGACGUGCCAAGAAUGCAUUCGAAAAGUGGAGAGGCUUUCACGAGGAUGCAAUUGACUCGACGGAAUUGAGGGCUCGAACACAUAAGAAAGCGAAGAAAACUGAGGAUGAGUACGAUCGCGAAUGGACACAGAAAUACGGAUUGAAAGGUGCCAAUACCAUUCGUCAGUGUGUGGAUGCAAACAUGGACACGUACAACUAUCUCAAGCAAUUUGCUAUCAGUGUGAUUCCGAAGCACCACGGCUAUGACCCUCAUGAUGAUUGA